UCAUAUUUUGUACCGCUCUGCGGUACAUCUAGUCUGAGUUCUAACUCACACACGUUAAAUGUGUCAUGCCAAACCUUGAGGUGGCGAUAGAGACAAGCCAAAUGCGAGUCAAAACACCACAGUGGAAGGGUAGCCUGCCUACACACAGGCAAAAAAGAUUACAGUUGAGUGGUUUCAGAAUAAUUUGACAAUUUACUGACUCGUCUGUGUUACAGUAACAGCAGUUAUUCUUCAUAAGCGGUCAUCUGAUAUUUGGUUUGUUUGCAGCUGCAAUGUCAUGAAAAUGUAGGGACGUCAUGUAUCGUUACAAUAAGUUAAUUUUGGUUGCUGUGCCUGCAUAUGCCCUUUACGCCAUCUGUUCAAACUUAUAUAAGUCAUUCAGACGGAACAAAUGUGUAGUUUUCGAAUCCAAGAAAACCCUUCCGUGUUACCUGUACCUUUACGGCAGGUACAAAAUUCAGUCGUUCCGUAAACGGAAGGGUCAGUUGUAUCCUCACAGGCACAAAACUGUAAACCCCACGUUCACUAUUCUCAACUGCAGUUUGGAGGUGGAUGAUGUACGAUGGUACUGCUGGGCAGCCGGGUAUGGUUGGGACUACCCAGACAGUGUCUUCAGGGACAUCCCACUGUGUUUCUGUGACGUCCUUUGUUGUCGGUUGCUGGCAAUGGUAAUAUCCUCCGAUGAUUUCAGGUUAAACCCUCAAGGGGCUGAUGCUGUACGAGCUCCACUGUCCGUGUCAGUCCAGUUCAAGCAGCCACUGGUGCUGCCAAGAAAGGUCAUCUUCCAUUUUUGGCAAGCCACAGAUGAGAGCUGCCAGCUGCCUGUGUGCAGGUUUCAGCUUCAGGAUUGCAGAGGAACCUCCUACAUCUUGGGAGAUAUAAUCAAGGAACCUGGCUGAUGGACUGGAUAACUGAAAUUACACUCAUUGUUAUGAUCAUUACCAACACUUAAUGGCUGACGCUUAGCGUUUGGAAUAAUUCAGGGAACAGAUUUAUUUUUUACCAAGUAAAUACUGAGCUGUUCCUUACAUCCUGUGGUUAUCAACUUAACAUCAUAUCCAAGGACAAAAUAAUCCACAACCUUUUGUUCAUGGAACCUAAAUCUCGUGAAAGAUUCCAUAUGCUUUACUGGGAGAAUAGCCGGCCGUUUCAACCAAUUAAGAUGUGACAGCUGUAAUCCAACAUAGUAUAUAUGGCAGGGCUCUGUUUGGAAAGAUUGACCAUGGUGACAGAAGACAAAUCAAGGGAAGGCAACAUGGCCAAAAGCACAAAGACAUCAAAAGUGACAAAAUUUUCUGGUGCCAUAACUGGGGGCCAUCGAGAGGUGACCCAGAGGACUGCAAAGCUUUAUGACGACAGGGAGAAGGUGAUCUAUGAGGAAAGCCUGGGGGAAUCCUCCUGCACUGGAACAGAAGAGGGUGGAGAUGAUAAGGAGGACAGGUGGCACAAGAUCGUGCCACCGACAGAGAUAGCAUCCAAUGGCACAAUUCCAUCAGACAUGAGAGAAAAGUCCGUUCACGAAGAGGCCAGUCCAGUGGUCAUAUGUGACCUACGACUAAGAGGGUCAAGUGGGCAGGUCUGGAGUGGGACGGAGGAUGACAUCACAGAGGAGCCGGACUUGACCUCCGUGGAGAGGUCUUCCUCACUGUCCUUCCUGGACUGGCAGAACAGGGAUGACUCGGACGUGCAGACUACGCUGGCCAUCGAGGUGGACAUCAACAAGACGGAGGUGGUCCUGAUCGACGAGGACGACGACAUGUCCCUGAGGGAGAAGACGGUGACGGACGUCUCGAUGAUGGACGGGAACGCAGCGGAGCUCGUGUGCGGGAGACUCCUGUCCAUUUCCACAAACUCGUCCUCUGAGUGCAAGCAGGAGAGCCUAGCUGCCGAGACUCCACUACCGGCCAGUGAUGAAAUCAAAAAGCGCCGUUGUUGUUUUUGCACAAUUCUAUGAAUGCUUUGUAUUCUUGCACAUGGAAGGGCGCACUGAUGCACAUGUAAACACCCUGCACUUUCACCAAUUUUUUUUUUUAUUGUGAGGUGGGACUCACUUUUAGCUUGGCUUUGUUUCAUUUAUAUUUUGAGCAAGCUUACUUAACUCAUUGAAUGCCAAGCUGUUUUCGGAAGCUUUGUCCUAGAGUGCCAGCAAUCUAGACCAUUGUUGAUGAUUUUUGUACAGCCACAGCAU